AUGUUUCUACUACAGCAACUCAACGGACAGUUUUUUCUAAGACUAGCUGCAGAAACGAUGUACUCAAAGGUCCUGGUGUACAUAGCAUCCCAUUUAUAUCAGGAAAAGUAUACAUUGGACAAAUGGGACGACAGAAAUAUGUCUUCGAAGCGGAAGUCCCCUCCAACGAAACUCCACGAAGGCUCCACCAACUCGACGGAGACGGCGACUUCAUUGCAUCAAUCGGCCAUCGGCAGCGGUAGCGAAGGAGGAGGACUUACCGACCUGGACGAGACGAGCAGCAACAACCUGAGUGACAUCUGUGAGGAGGACACUAACACGAUGGUGCACAACUCCGCGCCCUUCUACAAACUGUCGGAGUCCUCGUCGCCGGGAAGUGCGUCCGGAAGCGACGUCGAUGACGUGGACGAGAUUCGGACUCCACCUAACAAAACCGCGAAAAUGAUGUGCUCCUCGGAACCGAGCGUCCUCAUGUCGACUAGUAUUUCCGCCCUGUCGCUCCACGCCGAGCAGACGGACAGACGGAGGAACUCUUCCUCGGAGUGUAGUAGUCCCACGUCAGACAUAAAGGCGAACAUUCAUUAUAAUAAUAAUAAUAGUAGUUUACAUAAUAACAAUAGUUCCUCUCACCCGUUAAAGCGAUCCAUGGACGACGUACUUAAAAGAUUAACGUCUAAAAUUAACAGCAGCACAAUCAAAGAGGAGAAGAGGCCGACGCCGUCCUCCACGCCCAAUUCGACCCAUAACUCAGAUGUAGAACCCACGGCGGCUAUUCAGCAGGCGCUCUCUGGCGACAAUUACAUGGAAAAGGACAGAAAACUAUCCGAGCUGAUAUUCCAACUACAAAUGGUCAGAGAACAACUGCUUACGCAACAGCAUGAUUCGAGCAAGGUUAGUGGCGUAGAGAUGGGUAGUAAAGCGGAAUUUUUUUACCCCAUCUUCUACGCCAAUGACCUAAUAAUCUUCUAUGCCAAUGAUCUAAUAACACAGGCACACACAAAUUUCAUGAACCAGAGGGUUGCAAGCGCAAGUCAGCUGGUCAGUGACACGCACAAACAACAGCUCGAGCUACAAAGAAGACAACAGGAGCAACUCCUGCAGCAACAGCAGAAGCUGCAAGAAAUUCAGGGUCAGAUAUCAGCGCAGUAUGCGGCCAGUGGGGCGGUGGGUCCCCAAGGACUCAUGUUCCUCCCUUUCCUUGAGCAAUUGCGGGGGCUGCAACCCACGGGUUUACCCCCUACUGUGUCUAAAUCUCCGCUUAGCAAUCAUAUGCUUCCUCCCCAUCAAGUUCCGAGUUGGAUCUCAGCCACGGCCCACCUGGCCCAGAUGUCCAGUGUUACCCCCGAAAAACGAUCUCCACCCCCACAGCCGACCCCGUCACCUCCUCCACCACCCUCCGAUCCCGACGCCCCCCUGAACCUAAGUAAGCCCAAAUCUUCCAGCUCGGGAUCGGCGGGAUCCAGCCCCCAAAGCACGCCAAACUUGCCAAUGUCCGACCAGCCAGUCGCCGCCACAGCCCCCAAACUCAUACCACCCAACCUUAUGAUGCCCAGGGCCUUUCUUCCGUACGCUGGACUGCCGCCUCAAUUUCCCAUGCCACCUGGAGUGGACAGGAACAAGCCAAAUAAGGAUAUGCAAAAUCCUGAUAAACAACCCCACUUCCCCCUACACGGACUGUACGGGAUACCGCCUCCGCAUCUGGGGGUGAGACCUAAGGAAGACAGUAUUAAGGAGGAGCAGGAUUUCAUGGCAGCUUGCCACUUAUGGGGCGCGCCUGACACUAGCUUCAAGUUAGACGAGAACUCCGAGAAAGCCAAAAUAAUCCGCCAACAGACGAAAAGGGACAACGAGAAUAAACCCCAUAUUAAGCGACCGAUGAACGCCUUCAUGGUGUGGGCAAAAGACGAAAGGCGAAAGAUUCUAAAGGCGUGUCCAGACAUGCACAACUCGAACAUAUCAAAAAUAUUAGGCGCUCGUUGGAAGGCCAUGUCAAAUUCCGAGAAGCAGCCGUACUACGAGGAACAGUCCAGGCUCUCCAAGUUGCACAUGGAAAAACACCCCGAUUACAGAUACAGACCAAGACCCAAGAGGACAUGCAUAGUUGAUGGUAAAAAAAUGCGCAUAUCAGAAUACAAGAUGCUCAUGAAACAGCGCCGCCAAGAGAUGAGACAGUUGUGGUGUAGGGAUAGCACUGAAAUGAAUUUUAGUAUGCAGAGUUCGGACCUUUCUUCCCCCGCCACCUCUACUUCUGGAAUGACUUCGGUUUCUCCUCCUUUGGGCAUUAUGAAUGGGGCAGGACCGAGCUCAGAGGGUGGUUACUAUUAUUCCCAAGAGAACCCAUCUCCCGAUGCUAUGAACUUCUCGCAGGAACAUAGUAAGGCUUACGACUCGAGUCCUAGGCACGAAGAUGACUGA